GGAAAGACAUUCACCGAGAUUGGUUCCUUUUUGCUCCUUUUCUCCAUCAAAAAGUACUUACAUACAGGCUAACACAAUACAGACGUACAAGUCAGGCUACCAUAUCGCUACUAUUUGAAGUUCCCGCGUAUCUGGCUUGUAUUUCCCAGCAUUCCCUUGUCAUGUAAAUAUGACCUUUGACCCCACAACAUGGCGUCUGGUUGCUAAGAGAAAGUUUCGCAGCAAAAACCUUUCGGAUUUUUGAUGUUUUUGGCGGAUACGAACACAGUUACCGGAAGUAUUUCAGUGCAAUGACAGAAACAGAGUCUGUGCUAGCUUUCAACGCCUUUGAGAAGCAGCUGAGAGGGCUGUGUCUGCGGGAGUUCCCGUGCGGGCUCGGCUCGUGGAGAGACAGUAAGGCCAAGAGUAAGUCUGCAGUCACCACCAGAGACUACAAUGUGCAGAUUGAGCACCGAGAGACGUUGGAGGAGUUUGUGACGCUGAAACACUCGCCGUGGAACAUCGACUGCAGCUGGAGUAACGAGGCGCGGGAACUACGCGAGCUCGCCGUCAAGUCUCCCUGGCUCAUCGACGAGAAAUUCAUCAUGAAGUUCUUCAAAACACUGAAAAUUAUUGACAAACAGAUCACAGAAGUAGAUGCAGGUUUGCUGGGUUUUCCCAACCUGAAGGAGCUGACUCUCAGUGUCAACCUGCUGGAACAUGUCAACUCUACACACCUGCCUCCUAACCUAGAGGUAUUGGAACUAUGUGCCAACCAGAUCCGAACCCUGGACUCCCUGUGUGUUCAGCCUCCUCCCCUGCUCCAUCUGGGGUUAGGGUACAACCACAUCACAGAUGUCGAUGAGUACCUCACAGGACACUACUGGCCAAAAUUGUUGUCCAUUGACCUUGGCUUCAACCACCUGAGUGACUUGUUAGACGUUGUCAGGAAAGUGUCAGAACUUCCCAAACUCAGGAACCUGGUGCUACAGGGAAACCCUCUGGCUCUUGUCCCAGGUUACAGAGGUUACACUAUUGACAGUCUGAAGAAACUGAGUAUCCUGGAUGACCAGAGGAUCAGUGCUGAUGAGAGGCACCGCUUCAAGGGACUUGCCAAAAAGAAAGAGGUGAUACUAGAUGAAGCUAAGGUCACCGUGAGUAUUAACCUAGUGAAGGGAGUCCCCAUGCCGGAGGAGCUGCAGCCUACAGAGGACCAGCCGGAGUUUCCUGUAGUGACCAAGACGUACCAUGUGGUGUAUGAGUUUGUGGACGACACCCCCAGCACUGCGGUGGGGCUACUGUUGGAUGACUCUCGGGGGUUUGGGCCUCUGGAUACUGCCGGAGACAGUGUGGUUACUGGUUUAGAAUCUCCUGAACCCCCUCCCAUGUCAAUGGAACAUUCUGUGAGAGAACCCAUCCUAGAGGAGCCACCGCCAGAAAUGGAAGAGCCCAAGUUUCCCGGGGACCGCAGGCCCAUCAUCCCAGAUAUCCCUCCACAAACUGCAGAAAGCAUUGAACCUCCAAUGACCAAAGCAGACGAUCACUUGGAGGCCAGACCAUCCAUAUUUAUAACCACACCUGGAGGAGGAGAACUGGAACCCACCUUGACCCCAAGAAGUGAAAGAAUACUAGUAACAAGAGAUGAGCCAUCCAUUGUGGUAACAACUGCAGAGGGAGUGGAGGGUCCUGUGAGUGACACACUGUCUAAUGCACCACCAGAAAACAUUGAGGAAGACCCCACACAAGGGACUUACACGUUACGGCAGGUGAAGACAGAAGGGCGCUCCUGGGUAGAGGCAGAAAUCCCCAUGGAGUAUGAACAGGAGAUAACAGUGGACAACCUGCUGGGACUAAGGGACUUCCUAAGGAAGGGGCUGAUGAUAUCUCUCAUAGAGGAAAAGGUCCUGUCCUGGCCAGUUGAUGAAGAUGAGGAGAGGACCAACCUUGGGUCAAAGGACAAGAAGAGGGAGAAGAGUGCCAAGAGUGACAAGACUAAGGGCAAGGACAAGGGAGGGAAGAGUGGCACAUCAGACAAGAAGAAGAAGACCCCUGGGGUUGAACUGAGGCACUCCCCCCCUGAGACCAGAGUGUUGGGGACCUACAGUCUAUCUCUGGAACAGAUGCUGGAGGGAGAAACCACUUUGAACGGGGAGUACACCUUGGAAAAAGUGGUGGAAGUGAAGGAAGUUAAAGAGGAGGAGACCUUAUCUGACAAGAAGGACAAGAAAUCUCGAGGUGGGAAGAGAGCAAGAACGCCCUCUGCCAAGAAACGAGAGAAGGACAAGGGCAAAGAGAAGAAGCCGGACAGCAGGAAGGAGUCCAGAGACAAGAAGAGACCUGGCUCCGGAGCAGCGAAGAGUGAUGAUGAAGAAGAGAAACUCCCCCCUCCCCCUCUCACCGUGCAGUUUAAAAUCAAACUGCACCAGUGGAAGACAGCUGCGGACAGUAUGGGGGCGAGUAAAACAGAGACCAGGACUGAAACACAGUUGAUUACAGCAUCAUAGUCAUUGCUGUUAAAUAACGUUUUACAUAGUACUGAGUACUGGUUUUGUUUUGUCCAUUAAUGAUGGUGUCUGUACUCCAUUGCAACUCUGUUUUUAAACCUAGACAUCUACUUAGAUUUGAUUUUGAAGAAAGUACAUGUACAUGUAUAUAUAUGGUUUCCUCUUUUAGCCAUGCUGAAAAUGCUUGAAGCUGCCAGAAAACUCUUAAGACUUGAUUUGAAGUGCAUUCUACAAGGUCAGACACUUACAUGUAAUUUGCAGUUAUGUUGGUCUUGUUGGAUAUUAAAUGUACAUAAAUGGUAUAUUGUGUAUAUUUAGACAUGGCAUGUGAAAAACAUGUAUAAUCUAUAAUGUAAAACUUGGACCUUUUGUAAUAGCAAAAAAAGGAACAAAGUUGAACCCUUAUGCACUUCUACUAUUCCAUAUAGUCUUUAUGGAAAUUUCGAAAAAAGGUGUUGAUACACACAUAUAUAAUAUGUGAUUGAAUUUUACAUGGUAUGUAAACAUGACACAAACUACACAUAUUUUAGAAAGCAAAGUGUACCACAAGGCAAAUUGUAUCUAUUUUAUGUACAUGAUAGAAAAUGGUUUUAUGACAGACUUGACAAUCAUGAGAUUUUUUUGUGUAAAUAAACCAAUUUUGUAUUCAAAGUUAUGCCUUUUUGUUAUAAUUGUGCGUAACUUGUAACUUUAAAGUUAACUCAAUGAAGUUACUUAUCGAUUAUUAAAAUCAAUAAGAAAUAAUUCUAUAUCUGGUAUAUCAAAUCAGCCCCUUCUGGUUGUUACUGCUUC